GCUGGAUUUAUUAUCCCUGUGAUAUUUAGUAAAAUAUAAGCUCGGGAGGGGGGACUCCCAUGUAAAAAGAACGGGGGCACUCGUCGUAAAUUUUGAAAAAAAAAAAAACCCUAAAAGAUGUCACUCUGUUUUUGUGGGCCUGGCUCGGGUCCGCAUUUGCACUCCUAAGUGGUGCCAAUUCUUCCUGACAAAUCGUUCUAUAUAUCAGUGCCAUAUCUAUAUCUACAUCGAGCAGCCAAAGGAUAAAGCAAUAACUAAGAGUGGUAUUGUUUGUAGAUUUUAGAACUCUAAGCAUGUAGUAAGCUAAGUAUUGUUUCCCCUGAAAGAUGCGACGAUCACCCUCGACACUCCCACGUGGGAGUUUUCCCUCUCCACCAUGAUACCUGCAGUACAUUGCUUUGUCACGGAAAAAGUUCCCAACAAUUCACGGUACAAUAUCAGCUGGCAGAUAGAAUCUAACCAUGAAACUCGACUGGCCGCUAUUUGACUUUUUAUUUCUUAACGUGCAGUUCUUCGCCCUGCCAACAACAACUGUGAACUAACAACCCCUCGCGCGGGCCCUCGUGGCGGAAGUGACGACGUUUUUCUCUUCACAAGGGAAAACAAGUGCCGUCUAUGGCAAACCUUUCUCCAAUCAAAUUAAUUGCACAAGCACUCACGCAAUGACUCCGAACACUGUAACGCCUGGCCCGGAUAGGGCGUCUGCCUGUUGCACCCAGGGUUGUACUUGGUUGUACCAGAGGCAUAUCACCUAUGCUUCUGGUUGUACCUAUUCGUGAGAUGAGCCAAGAGACUGGGCAUCAAAGUCGAAAGCUCAGUGGGACUGGGAAUGAGACUCAAUUCAACAUGGCGGACGGAGAAGACGAAACAGUGCUUCCAGGUGACAGUAAGAAAAGAAACUACAGGAAAGACAAACCUUGGGAUCACGAGGGUAUUGAUCACUGGAAAAUUGAAUCAUUUACAAGUGAAGACAAUCCACAUGGCAUGCUGGAAGAGAGUUCAUUUGCAACUUUGUUUCCCAAAUACAGAGAAAAAUAUCUGCGAGAAUUCUGGCCUUUGGUGGAAAAGAAACUAAAAGAAUAUUCAUUGAAGUGCCAGUUAGAUGUUAUUGAGGGAAGCAUGACAGUUAGUACAACAAGGAAGACAUGGGAUCCUUACAUCAUCAUUAAAGCCAGAGACAUGAUCAAGCUUAUGGCCAGAAGUGUUCCCUUUGAGCAGGCUCAGCGUGUUCUGGAAGAUGAGGUUGCAUGUGACAUCAUUAAGAUAGGAUCGCUUGUCCGAAACAGAGAGAGAUUUGUUAAGAGAAGGCAAAGGCUUAUUGGUCCAAAUGGAGCAACAUUAAAGGCUCUAGAACUGCUCACACAAUGUUAUAUCAUGGUGCAAGGAAACACUGUAGCUACACUGGGCCCGUACAAAGGACUAAAACAGGUUCGUAAGGUGGUAGAAGACACGAUGAAGAAUAUUCAUCCUAUUUAUAACAUCAAGACACUAAUGAUAAAAAGAGAAUUAGCUAAGGAUCCAGAGCUAAAAAAUGAAUCUUGGGACAGAUUUCUGCCUAAGUUUACACAGAGAAAUGCAAAGAAGGUCAAGAAAUCCAAGUUUAAGAAAAAGGAAUAUACUCCAUUCCCUCCACCACAAACAGAAAGCAAGAUUGAUAAACAGUUAGCAAGUGGUGAAUACUUUCUUCAAGAGAAAGAAAGAAGAUUAAAGGCCCAACAGGAAAGAAAGGCUCGACAAGUGGCAGCAGAGGAAAAGAGGAAAGCUAAGCGGGAACAGGCGUUCAUUCCACCAGUGGAGGAAAAACCCAAAAAAGAAACUAAGAAGAAAGGUAAGAUGAUAUUCUGUAAGAUGACAUUAAUUAUUUUUCUUUUAUUGUCCCUAUAGUUAUGCAUACCACAUUAUUACAGUUACAUUUAUCAUAAGGUUCCAAAAGUCUUAACCCCUCUCAAUUACUGGGUUAAAUUUCAAUUUGCUGGGUUCUUUGCAAUACCGGUAAUUUUGGAAUACAACAGCAAAAUGGGAAUGUUGUUACACAAC